AUGGCCCGGCUGUGGCUCCAUCUCUACAUCUGCGUCCAAAUCACAGGUUUCUGUACAAAUGUACUUUCAUCUCAGACUCCACGGCAUAUUUUAGCCCACACGAACAAGAAAACAGAAAUCUUCUGUGACCUGAAGAAGGAGCACACUGGGGUGUACUGGUACCGCUGGAGCCAGGAGAGGAAAAAUUUCGAGUUCUUACUAUUUUCCAACCCAUUAGGCAAAGCCACGUAUGGCACAAACAUCAGCCAGGACAAGUUUAGUGUCCAUGGGACGAGUUCCCACACCUCCUCCAGCCUGCACAUCAGCCACCUCCACGCCUCAGACAACGGCGUCUAUUACUGCUCCAUCUCCCAGUCCUCCCAGCUCUUCCUGGACCGUGGGACAUGGCUCAAUGUGGUUGAUGUUCUGUCUCUGAAGACCACCAAGGCACCGCUGUCCACAAAGCCCGUGCGGUGCAUAACCAAAAGCAAAGCUGCUGACAAGAAAGAUGCCUGCAGCCCCCUGGUCUGGGUCCCUCUGGCUGUCGGUGUCCUGGUCCUCCUGCUGAGCCUGGUUUCCACCGUCCACCGCUUCUACCGUCUGCGACGGAGGCUGUGGCUUCGUGUCCACAAGCAGUAA